AAUGCAAUGGAAGAGGGGUUCAUCCACUUUCUGUUGAAUGUUGUUAGAGACGAUGGGCAACACAUCCUCCAUGCUCACCCAAUACGACAUCGAAGAGGUUCAGCAACACUGCAAUCACGCUUUUACGCAGCAGGAGAUUGUUUCUCUCUACCAUCGCUUCUGUCAGCUCGAUCGCAACAACUGCGGUUUCAUCUCUUCCGAUGAAUUCCUCUCCAUACCCGAAUUCGCCGUCAAUCCUCUCUCUCAGAGCUUGUUGAGAAUGCUUGAUGGCUUGAACUUCAAGGAAUUCGUCGCCUUCUUGUCUGCCUUCAGUCCCCGUGCUACCAUUCACCACAAAAUCGAAUUUAUUUUCAAAGUGUAUGAUUCGGACUGCAACGGAAAAGUAACCUUCCAUGACAUGUUGAGGGCUUUAAGGGAUAUGACUGGACCCUUUAUGUCUGAACAACAGAGAGAGGAAGUUUUGACACAGGUCCUUGAGGAGGCUGGCUAUACAAAGGAUUCUUUAUUAGUUUUGUCUGACUUCAUGAAGAUUCUUGGCAAUUCGGGUUUGAAGAUGGAAGCAGAGGUUCCAGUUGAUUAGAAUGAGGAUAAUACCAUUGCCUUAGUGUAGAAUACUAUAAUAUACGAAAAAGAAACUCUCUCAUAUGCUUUCCUUUUGAGUUUUUGAUGAAGGAGAUUCUUGGUUUUGGUUCCAGUUGUUGAGUCUUUGAUUACUGCAAAACCGAAAUAUGGACGAUAUAAUUUUUAACAAAUGCAUUUAGAAUUACGUUUUUCU